AUGGCAGUCAAUCUAGAGGAGGACCACCGUGGCACCCCACCUUUUCGUGCAAUGCAAGGACUCUUUGCCGAUGAGGAUGAGACGGUCGACUACCUAGUGGAUGAGGGAUGCUUAAACAUCCCAGACGUCUGCGGGCAGUGUGGAGCUCCUGUCACGUACACGCCCAAUGCCAAAAAAAUCAUCUACUGUCACAGUCGUCAGUGCAAGGCAACCCACGUCAGGAGCAUUUUCAGGUGGUCGCCAAACACAGUCACUGACUGGUUCCGGUUUGCUCAGCAGCUUAUUGGGGAGAUGGUUCUCGAAAGCAUGGAGAACUAUCAGAUUGGAGGUCCCGGUGUGGAAGUGGAGAUCAACGAAUUCAAGUUUGGCAAAAGGAAGUAUCAUCGUGGUCACAGAGUGGAAGGUCUGGGUAUUCGGUGGUGUCGAAAGAACCCCAGAGCGUAA